AUGGGUUUUAUUGGGCAUCUAAUCAUGAAACAAUUUGGCAGAUGGAAUCUCACCAGGNUCCGCACCAUCUUCCCUCUCUUCAUGAAGUCCCCGAAGAAGAUCAAGAAGGUGGGGGCCUCCGAGAAAGAGCACGAAGAGCACAUCUGCUCCAUCCUGGCCUUCCUCCUGAGGAACCUGCGGAGUCAGCAGAGGACUCGGCUGCUCAACAAAUUCACGGAGAACGACAGCGAGAAGGUGGACAGGCUGAUGGAGCUCUAUUUCAAAUACCUGGACGCCAUGCAGGUGGCCGAUAAGAAGAUUGAAGGUGAAAAGCAUGACAUGGUGCGCCGCGGGGAGAUCAUCGACGACGACACGGAAGAGGAAUUCUACCUGCAGCGCCUGGAUGCCGGUCUUUUUGUCCUGCAGCUCAUCUGCUACAUCAUGGCGGAGAUCAGCAAUGCCGGCAUCCCUCAGAUCAGGCAGCGGGUGCACCAGAUCCUGAACAUGCGGGGCAGCUCCAUCAAGAUCGUCCGGCACAUCAUCAAAGUGGAAGGGGGCGACGGAAGAUGGUGA